CUCCAUCUACCGGCACCUCCCAACUAUUUCAAAAGAGAAAAAGCAAUAAUAAUCUCCGUUCAUUCCCAGCCUGUAGAAGCAAAUGCUGGAUUGGUUUGGUAUUCUGUUUGGGGAGGGAGGUGAGCUAGACAGCGCGGGUGUGUUGAGUAGGAAGAACACUCUGAGGGAAAGCUCAGUCAGAGAGAGUUUUUUGAAUUUAGUUCUCAAAAAGGUGAGCCUGGGAUCUCUUGUGGCAGGGAGUUCCAAAGUCUGCGUUCCAGCUGGUUCCUGCACUCUGAGCCUCCCCAUAUACAUUCACAGACCCUAAAGGAUUGGCUGGCAGCGUGGUAUUUUGGUUUGGAAUCACCGGCUCCUCCCCAUCUGUAUGCGUGGGGAAGGGCCUCGCCUUUCGGGCCUGGGGCGAGGAGGCAAGAGAUCCCAGGCAGAAUCAAGGUGUUUCCUUUGACACCAAUGGCAGACCUGUUGGACAGAGAUGGGAGAGGGUUCCACAUCCUCACUCCUGUGCUGGAAAGCGCCGCCCUGUCCAAGGCUGCAGGCACCAGGGUCUACAUGAAACUGGAGAAUGUCCAACCUACCGGCUCGUUCAAGAUUCGGGGGAUUGGCUACUUCUGUCAGGAGGCUGCCAAGAAGGACUGCAAACGUUUUGUUUGUUCGACAGGGGGGAAUGCUGGCUUCGCCACGGCCUACGCUGCCAAGAAGCUGGGGAUCCCUGCCACCAUCAUAGUGCCAACGAGCACCCCCCAGGCCACAGUGCAGAAGUUGGAAGAGCAGGGGACGGAGGUGCAGGUCUUUGGGAAGGUCUGGGACGAUGCCUACGCAAAAGCCCUGGCGUUAGCGGAGACCGACGGCUGGGUCAGCGUCCACCCCUUCGACCAUCCUUUGAUCUGGCAAGGCCAUGCCAGCAUGGUCAGGGAGCUGAAGGAUUUGCUAGGCCACAAGCCGGGCGCCAUCGUCCUGGCGGUGGGUGGUGGAGGGCUGCUGGCUGGAGUAGUGGCCGGCCUGCAGGACGUGGGCUGGCAGGAUGUACCCAUCGUUGCUGUGGAAACCAAAGGAGCUGACAGCUUCAAUGCAGCGCUCAGGGCUGGGAGAUUGGUCACCCUGCCGGAGAUAACCAGCGUGGCCAAAUGCUUGGGAGCCAAGACGGUGUCUGCCCGGGCACUGGAAUGUGCCCGCGAAUGCCAGGUCAUCUCCCAGCUGGUGGAGGAUGUGGAAGCAGUCCAAGCCGUAGAGCUGUUCCUGGAUGAUGAGCGGAUGCUGGUCCAGCCGGCCUGUGGCGCCCCUCUGGCCUUGCUCUACACGGGUCGUGUUCAACAGCUGCAGCGGGAAGGGCACUUGAACCCGGACCUGGACUCCAUUGUCAUCAUCGUGUGCGGGGGAAGCAGCAUCCAGCUGGCUGGGCUCCAGGCCCUGAAAACCCAGCUGGGCAUGAAAUGACAGCGGAUGCCGACCCCAGGCAGGGCCGGCUCUGCUGCUUUUGCUGCCCCAAGCAGUGCGCCGAAUUGCCGCCGCUGACGGCGGGGAAAGUCCGUGUGCUGUUAGGGCGGCGCGCGCGUUUCCGCGGCGGCGGCAGUUCAGUGGCUUCUGUCUUCCGGCUGAAGACAGAAGCUGCCUCCGAAUUGCCGCCAUGGGCAGCUGAACAUAGCAGCUGCUGCCGAAUUGCCGCCGCUGCAAAAUGCGCAAGCCGCCCUAACGGCUCACGGACUUUCCCCGUCGUCCGGCGGCAAUUCGGCGCGCUGCUUGGGGCGGCAAAAACACACACACUGCCGCCCCUUGCAGAGUGCCGCCCCAAGCACCUGCUUGGGAUGCUGGUGCCUGGACAGCUCACGGGGCAGGGGUGCAUGGGAUCCCAGGCAGACACCAAUACAUCGUAUUGUUGGGUUAUUGUAAGUGGAAUCUAAUUGAAUUCAAAGCAGUUUAUAGAAUAAAUACCAAGCUACUCUUGGAUCCUGAGCUCCCCACUGACUGCUUUAAUACUGCUGGGUGUGGCUGCUUGCUCUGCGUGUCCUGGGUAGGAAUGAAGGAGGAGUCAGCUGAGCAACGUUGGCUCUCUGAGCUGUGCCAUUUGGGAAGGUACUUUAGGGCACUCACUGGAGGUAGGCAAGUUAUAGAUUGUGACCAUCCAUCACUGUGGUUUUAACCCAUCGUUCUCAGUGUGAAUCGUUCACGGCUGACACUGAUUUCUGUUAGUCACAGAGGUUUAUUUGCUGAAUAAUUCUCAGACAGUGGGGCAAAAUGUUCAUGUCAGCUCUUCGUUAUUGGUGAUUGGUCACCAGUCAUAACAGAGUUGUUUCUGCUUCCUGGUUGGAUGACUGAAACUUGUCUAGCUAGCAAAUAAAGGAAAGUGACUGAUGGAGUCUGCAUAGCACUAUUCACAGGCCAAACGCUCCGAUGAAUGAAUAUUUGUGCUAAAAAUCUGUGAAAUCCUUCUGGCUUCAUGAUCAUUUUCAUGAAUACUCAACAGUUGCCUGCACACUAGGGAGAAAGGAAGUCUUUGUUAAAGAUCUAACAUCUCGGCCUGCUCAACUAAGGUGUCAGAUCUGACAAUACCCAUCUCUGAGACCAUCCAAGGAGUCCUCCAGCAAAACGGGCCUGGCUAUUCCAGAUACUGUGUUGCCCAUUCUGAUGAUUUUAUUGUAAGUCUCAUGCUAUUUUGUGCUUUUCUUUAGGGCUGUCGAUUAAUUGCGGUUAACUCAUGUGAUUAACGCAAAAAAAUUAAUCGU